AUGACGACAAAAAUAAUUACGACAAUUGUGAUCUAUCUAUCUAUCUAUCUAUCUAUCUAUCUAUCUAUCUAUCUAUCUAUCUAUCUAUCUCAGACCUUUCCUAUCUAUCUAUCUAUCUAUCUAUCUAUCUAUCUAUCUAUCUAUCUCAACUCUUCCUAUCUAUCUAUCUAUCUAUCUAUCUAUCUAUCUAUCUAUCUAUCUAUCUAUCUCAGACUCUUCCUAUCUAUCUAUCUCAGACUCUAUCUAUCUAUCUAUCUAUCUAUCUAUCUAUCUAUCUAUCUAUCUAUCUAUCUCAGUCUAUUCAAAUGUCCCUUCUCUGACAAUUGUUAUGUAUCUAUCUAUCUAGCAAGGCAUCUAGUUAUCUAUCUAUACUUCUUUAUCUAUCUAUCUAUCUUUCUGUCUAUCUCAGUCUGUUCAAAUCUAUCUAUCUAUCUAUCUAUCUAUCUAUCUAUCUAUCUAUCUAUCUAUCUAUCUAUCUCUGGCAAUUAUUAUAUAUCUACCUAUUUAUCUAUCUAUAUUUUUAUUUGUCAAUUAAUCACUUUCGGCCACUUAUUAUUUUUGAAAUUCUUAUCAAAUAUUAUUUACAUAUCUCAAAAGGCCAUUUUUCUUAUCUUAGUUUUUUAA